AUGGUCCGAAAUGUCGUAACCGACUGCGAUAUCAUUCAAAAAGCCCUGGCAAGGGCGGAAAAGCUGGCGUUUCGGGGCUUUGAAAUCAAUUCCACUAGCGCCGACGAAGAUUUGGAGGAGUUGAAGUCGUUAAAAAUCGAUAUCUUGAGUGGUGACUGCCCGACCGGAGUACCACAAAUCGAUGUGGAUGAGAGUUACUCAAUCUCUAUCCCUAUCGAUAAAACUACCGCUAAAAUCGAGGCGAAUCAGGUUUGGGGGAUUUUGCGGGCCCUGGAAAGCUUUACGCAGCUUAUCUUCCAAGCGGCUGACGGAUCCCUCCAAAUCCACUCCGUCGACAUCCGAGAUCACCCCCGUUUCUCGUGGCGUGGAAUUUUGCUUGAUUCGAGUCGUCAUUUUCUGCCGAUAGAGAUCAUUCUAGAAAAUUUGGACAUCAUGGCCCAAAACAAGAUGAACGUCUUCCAUUGGCAUCUCGUGGAUUCGGAAGCUUUUCCCUAUCCUUCGGAGAAAUUCCCGAAUUUGACGGCAAAGGGCGCCUACAGCCCUCGUCACCACUAUACUGUUGCUAAUAUCAAGAAAGUAAUCGACUACGCGAGGUUACGUGGAAUUAGGGUGGUGGCGGAAUUUGACACUCCUGCCCACACUGGCUCCUGGGCCGGCGGAAAACCCGGGCUUUUGGCGGAAUGCUCGGAUCGUAAUUCACCAUCAAGUCUGAUCGACCCGACGCUUUCACAAAAUUACCAGUUCCUGGAGGAGUUCUUUAAGGAGGCCCUCAACCUAUUCCCCGACGAAUACAUGCAUUUUGGUGGCGAUGAGGUGGCGCAGGAUAUCAAGGAUUGCUGGCAAAACAACAAGGCCUUGCGAAAACGCAUGCAACGCCAAGGAUUUGGUGGCGACACGAAGAAACUGUUGAAAUAUUAUUGGAAACGCUUCUUCGAAUCGAUCGAAAAAGCGAGACCAGGCACAAAAAGGGUGGUCUGGCAAGAAGCGGCAGAGGCGGAAGGGCAGUUGUCAAAGGACACUCUCGUCCACGUUUGGGAUGGAACGACGAUUGAUUUGGCGAAGAAAUCACUAUCACAACUGACAAGACGAGGCCAUCAAGUGAUUUUCAGUAGUUGCUGGUAUUUAAAUAGAAUUCGCUAUGGCCCGGAUUGGGGCUACUUGAAUGGAAAAAACUUCAACUUCCGAGGGAUGUUCUACGAGUGCGAUCCCCAGGAUUUUUAUGGGACUCAGGAGGAAAAGGACCGGGUGCUCGGUGGCGAGGCGGCGAUGUGGGGCGAGUUUGUCGAUGGCACGAAUUUGAUCCCGACGCUGUGGCCCCGAGCAUCAGCCGUUGCCGAAAGGCUUUGGUCGAAUCCUGAAGAUACGAAAACUCCAGAGGCAGCGUGGCCGCGUUUACACGAACACAGAUGCCGCAUGGUGCGUCGCGGCUACCGCGCGCAGCCGAUCAAUUGGCCCGACUAUUGCCCCCCGACUUGCGAAGGUGACGUCUGUCUCCGAUUCACCUCCGGCGCUCAGGGCUCUUCUACGGAAGACGCCACAUGUAUGAGCGGGUUCAAGUACUUGACGAUGGGCUGUGAAUAUGACGCUGUAUCGGGUGCCACACCGAAUUACUCCUUUGCCUGCAACACCACCAACUGCAACGCCUCGCCCCCUAUCUUUACGACCAAUAGUGCUGGCGUGGUGGUCGAAGCCGAGCUGGGCAAUCUGAAACUGCCAGUUCGCGUUCGCGAGCUCGUCAAAUGCUACCAGAUCGACAGCCAGGACGAUUUGGACACUGAAGAAAUGGAUCUGCCAAUCUUUGAGCGAGCCGCCGCAUGUGUACAGAGAUAUAUCUACGAUUAUUACCACGGGGAAGUCAGCUUUUUCACGCCAUUAAAUAGUGAGUCUGACGGCGACCAGACGCUGAUAUUUGGACAGAAUCCGUUGAACGGAGACUGGAGACUAUCGUACCCUGGGCUCGUGUUCCACCUCCGAUUUUCCAACGACUACUCGACCCUGUCUUUGAAUUGUCAACAUGAUCCGUGCAAUAGUGACAUUUCCGCCCUGCUUCCUACGGAACCCACCGUCACUUGCUACCAAUAUGAUGUGCCCGCGUAUCGCGAUUAUUAUUAUUGUAACCCUGUUUGGAAUUUUUACAAGGAAAACACC